AUGAAACGAAAAAUUAUCAAAAUUACUCAAAAUAUAAAAAAAACCUGUGUUAAGUGUUCCAACAAUAAAUGUAGUGUAAUUAUUCAUUACAAGUGUUUUGAAACAGUGUCUAAGUUAUUUUUCACGGAAAGAAAGGAAUGGAAAUGUAAGUCUUGCAUAGAAAAUUGUUCCGUUGAUCAAAAUCCUAGCGAUAUUAUUUCUGAUUUAAAACAUAAAGUUAUUUUUAAUGGAUAUAUGAAAAGAGAAAAUGAGCUUUUAUCUAAUUUGAAUCACGAACUAAAAUUAAAUAAUGAUCUUCUUCAAGAAAAAGUUAAAGAUUUGUCCGACAAAUUAUCGUCAAUACCUAUCUCAAAUAGUGUUUUUGCUGCCGGUGGCAGUGGGCCAUCUUUUUACAGUGAUAUGCUAAAGAAACCAGUGGCUAACAAAAUGCCUUCGUCAAGUCUCCUAAUACAAACAAUAAAUAAAGGGAACAAUUCAAAUGUUUUAGAAGAUAUUCAAAAAUGUGUAAAUCCUGCAGAUUUAAAAGUAUGCAUUAAUGGUACAAAAAAAACUAAGAAUGGUUUAAUUAUAAAUUGUGAUAAUCAAAAAUCUCUGGAUAAACUUAAAACUUCGAUAAAUAAUCAACUUGGUAAGAAAUAUACGGUCAGUGAAGCCAAAAAGUUUAACCCCCGACUUAUUAUAAAAAAUGUUCAUAUAGAUGAAGAUAUGUCCUACGAAGAAAUAGCUAACACUAUUUUCUCUCUCAACCAAAUGGAUGCCUUUAGUUCCUGUGAUCUUAAAAUUGUUACUGUGCUAAGAUAUUCUCAAAAGACAUAUUGUGAUAUUGUUUUGGAAGUUUCCCCUUUGUUAAGAAACCAUUUGUUGCAAAAAUCUUUUGUGCAUAUAGGCUGGAAGGGAUGUCCAGUAAAUGACUAUUUUAGGGUUGUUCGAUGUUAUAAGUGUUCGGGUCUAGGUCAUGAAGAAAAAAAUUGUGAAGGUAAAAGGAUUUGUCCUAUUUGUGCAGACGAGCACUCUAUAAAAGAUUGUAAAGCAGAUCGAAAGAAAUGUAGUAAUUGUUUUAUUCAUAAUAGUAAGUACAAAACCAGCUUAGAUUGUAACCACGCUGCCAAAGAUACAAUAACGAGCCAAUUUCGCUCAAGAACUCCCGCCUCGAGACUGACAUUUAUGUCUUAUCAUAGCCACAAUUUACACGAAAAUACUCACUUGAAUGAUGCGUGUGGUUGGACUGUGCACCAGAUGGCUUGUCACGACCCAUCUCUUCGUCGGCUUUCAUGUGAACGAUUUGAAGUGCAGAAUCGAGAAUCACCUCCUGAACUUCACGCCACCACUGUUGCUCCAAUAUGA